AUAAGACCCCAAGGGGCCAAUACAUACAUGUCAGUCACAUCGGCUUGGCGUAGGCUUCUCUUCUUGACCACCAACAACCCCACAAACCUAAGAGAUGGCACCCAAGAAGGCCAAGAGGAGGCAGCAGCAGGGUGAAGGUGGAUCCUCCAACGUGUUCUCCAUGUUCGAGCAGAGCCAGAUCCAGGAGUACAAGGAGGCUUUCACAAUCAUCGACCAGAACAGAGAUGGCAUCAUCAGCAAGGAUGACCUCAGGGACGUGCUGGCCAGCAUGGGUCAGCUGAAUGUGAAGAAUGAGGAGCUGGAGGCCAUGGUGAAGGAAGCCAGCGGUCCCAUCAACUUCACCGUCUUCCUCACCAUGUUCGGCGAGAAGCUCAAGGGUGCUGAUCCUGAGGACGUUAUUGUGAGCGCUUUCAAGGUCCUGGACCCCGAGGCCACUGGCACCAUUAAGAAGGAAUUCCUCCAGGAGCUCCUGACCACCCAGUGCGACAGGUUCAGCGCUGAGGAGAUGAAAAACCUGUGGGCUGCCUUCCCCCCUGAUGUGGCUGGCAAUGUGGACUACAAGAACAUCUGCUACGUCAUCACACACGGAGAGGACAAGGAGGAGUAAAUCCUCCUCUCCUGAGAUCUCGACCUCUGUUCAAACCUGUCUUCUUCUGCCACCAUCCACUCUCUCCGUUUUCCUCCAGCACGACGACUCACUUGCACACACUCACACCCAGGUCUAAAGUUUCUGCUCAGUAUGAAAAGACUUCUUAGCUGAGAUACUGUGUGAGAGGACCUGAGGGCUGUGGGGGGUGACUGUGUGUGAGUACAACAGUACCACAUGGGAUUAUUUCCAAUAAAAAUAAUCUUGUGAUACAGAAACACUCUCUCUAUCUUUGUCCCGGCCUCUUUUUCCUCCUCUUUUCCGCCAUCACUCAUUCUGCUCUUGUGUGUUGAGGCCAGCAGUGCAUGCAUCAUACCUACGCGAAGCUCACACGCAGUCCACAGCGGUUGGUUAAGACGUCUCUUGGGUGCUUUGGUGCAUGCACAGUCACUCGCUUGAAACAAGCGAGAAGUUUGACUAACACAGUCUGUUAGUCUCAACUCUUCAGAGUGUUUAUGGCUUUAAUCUGUGUGUGAGCAAAAGAGUGGGAGUACUGCACUAAAAUAGCUGCAUGCUCCUCUCUUUUAACCAGUUUUUGACUCUUAUGCACAGAUAGGACAAAGCUGCAGCAAAAAGAGGAAAGCAUGACUUUUUAAAGUUUUCAGUUUUGUAAUAUGAGAAAGAGAUGGUGGAAAGUGAGUUUGGGGGUAAGAAGAGAUGUGCAGAUGUCUGUUUUUGUCCUUUUCCUCCCUUUCAAUGCAGUUUCUUGUUGUAACUGUCUCUGUCUCCACUGUAACAAAGGGAAUAAGUACAAAUAAAAACUACUACUUUUCGUAUG